AUGACUCAAAAGUUGAUUGUCGGUUCUGUUGGUGUUACUGGUUUAACUACUUCUUAUUUGUUAUACCAAGAUUCUUUAACUGCCAAUGCCAUGACCGCUGCUGAACAUGGUUUACAUCCUCCAGCUUACGGAUGGUCUCAUAAUGGUAUGUUUGAUACUUUUGAUCAUGCUUCUAUUAGAAGAGGUUACCAAGUUUAUAAAGAAGUUUGUGCUGCUUGUCAUUCUUUAGAUAGAAUUGCAUGGAGAAAUUUAGUUGGUGUCUCUCAUAGUACUUCUGAAGCUAAAGCUUUUGCUGAAGAAUUAGAGUAUGAUGAUGAACCAGAUGAUGAAGGUAACCCAAAGAAGAGACCAGGUAAAUUAGCUGAUUACAUUCCAGCUCCUUAUCCUAAUGAACAAGCUGCCAGAGCUGCCAAUCAAGGUGCUUUACCACCUGAUUUAUCAUUAAUCGUUAAGGCUAGACAUGGUGGUUCUGAUUACAUCUUUUCUCUUUUAACUGGUUACCCAGAUGACCCACCAGCUGGUGUUGUCUUACCACCAGGUGCCAACUAUAACCCAUAUUUCCCAGGUGGUUCUAUUGCUAUGGGUAGAGUUUUAUUUGAUGGUUUAGUUGAAUAUGAAGAUGGUACUCCAGCUACCACUUCUCAAAUGGCUAAAGAUGUUACUACUUUCUUAAACUGGGCUUCUGAACCAGAUAAUGAUGAAAGAAAGAGAUGGGGUUUGAAAGCUUUGAUUGUUGUUUCUUCAUUAUACUUAAUCUCUAUCUGGGUUAAGAGAUUCAAAUGGCAACCAAUCAAGAAUAGAAAGUUCAGAUUCGAUCCACCAAAGAAAAACUAA